GUAAAUAAUCUAAUACUUACUAAAUUCUGCUUUAGUAUAAUAGGAAGAGCUAAUAUUAAAAAAUUAAAAAGUAAUAUUGCUAUAAAUGCUUGGCUGCUACAAGCUAGUUAUUUCUAUAGUAAUUUUUCUAGCACUUCUAGCCUUAAAUUUUAA